AUGGAACGAAAAGUAGCUCGAGAAUUUAGGCACAAGGUGGAGCUGCUCAUUGACAAUGAGGCAGAAAAGGAUUACCUGUACGAUGUCCUGCGAAUGUACCACCAGUCCAUGGAGCUGCCGGUGUUGGUGGGGGACCUGAAGCUGGUCAUCAACGAGCCCAGUCGCCUGCCGCUGUUUGAUGCCAUCCGGCCCCUCAUUCCCCUCAAACACCAGGUGGAGUACGACCUGCUCACCCCCAAGAGGUCACGUAAGUUGAAGGAGGUGCGUCUGGAUCGUACUCAUCCUGAGGGUCUGGGUCUGAGUGUGAGAGGGGGCCUGGAGUUCGGCUGUGGACUCUUCAUCUCACAGAUCGUCAAGGAUGGACAGGCUGGAAACAGUGGCCUGCAGAUGGGAGAUGAGAUUGUCCGCAUCAAUGGAUACGCCAUCUCUUCCUGUAUCCACGAGGAAGUCAUCAACCUCAUCAAGACCAAGAAAAUCGUGUCGCUCAAAGUCAGGCAGGUUGGGAUGAUACCAGUGAAGAGUUCCACAGAGGAGCCUCUGAAGUGGCAGUUCGUGGACCAAUUUGUGUCUGAUUCUGGGAGCAGUGUGGCAGGCCUGGCAUCCAUGGGAGGGAAGGAGAUCAAGGAGAAGAAGGUGUUCCUGAGCCUGGUGGGCACCAAGGGCAUGGGCGUCAGCAUCUCCAGUGGCCCCACACAGAAGCCUGGCAUCUACAUCAGUAACGUCAAAUCUGGCUCCCUCGCUGUUGAAGUAGGACUGCAGAUUGGUGACCAGAUCGUGGAGGUGAACGGGGUGGAAUUUACUAAUCUGGACCACAAAGAGGCUGUAAGAGUUCUGAAGAGUAGCAGGAGUCUAACCAUCACAGUUCUCACCGGCGCUGGCAGUGAGUUGUUUAUGACAGACGAGGAGCGUCUGGCGGUGGAGGCUCGCAGGGAGCUGGACAGACGAGAGUUGAUGCACCAGAAAAGGGUUGCCCUGGAGACUAACAAGAUGGUCAAGGAGCAGCAGGAGAAAGAGAGGCAGAGAAAGAUGGAGAUUUCUCAGAAGACUGCUGAGGAAGAGGAACGCUAUCGGAAGGAGAUGAAGAAGAUCGAGGCUGCGGAGAGGAAGCACCACAGGGAGUGGGAGGAGGACUGGGCGCCUAGAGAGCAACCCAAAACCAAGAGUCCCUCUCCGGCCCCGCCCGAAAUCAACACCACACCCCCCAAGUCCAAGAACUCUGACAUUGGAGCAAGCUCUUUUCAGGCUGACGACGACGAUGAAGAGCAGCAGGAGGUGGAGGAAGAGGGGACUUUUGGAUGGUUUUAUCGCUACGAAGGGAAGCUGCCCACACUCCGCAAGAAGAGGAAGAAGAAGAAGGUGUCCAACACGGACACCCUGCAGGAACAGAGGAAAAACAAGAAGGAGAUGGAGUUUGAGCUCAAGCUGGCUGCAGAGAAAGAGGAGAUGUAUGAACGAGAGAAGCAGCUGAAGAUCAGUAGACUGGUGCAGGAGGUGUCAGAGACAGAGCGGGAGGAUCUGGAGGAGUCAGAGAAGGUGCAGCACUGGGUGGAACGUCUCUGUCAGACACGCCUGGAACAGAUUUCCUGUGUGGAGAACGAGUCCCCAGAGAUGUCCCCUCCUCGGUCUCCUGCCUCUGGACCCAUGGUGAGGCGUUUCCCCGGGGGUCUCCAGCUGGCCACCACUGACCUUGAUGAUUUGAACUUGGAUGAGGUGGACCAGAGCCUGAGGGGGCCCCUGAAGAGACUGGCCCCCACCCAGCCUUCUUCCUCCCAGCCCCCGCCCCCCCUACCUCUCCCUCCACCCUCUCCCAGACUCAACCCCACCAUCCCCAACUUCUCUCCUGCCUCACCACGACCAUCGCCCCAACGCCUCCCCCCUUCUCCCCCCUCCACCCGCAAGCCCCCUCCCUCUGCUUCUACCGCGUACCCUCCUACCUCCAUCUCCUCUCACUACCCUCCUACCCCAAUCUCCCACUUUCCUCCCUCCUCCUCACACUAUCCCCCUACCUUCCAGUCCUACAGGCCCCCGUCCUCUCCCCGUCCCUCCCCUCAGCUUCCCCCUCCUCCUGCUCCACCUUCUCCGCCCCCACCCUCCCAGCACCCCGAGGAGCAGCUGGGGGGAGGGUCGCAUGGAGGGUACCACCACCACCCCACCAGUCCCCCAGAGACAAGGAGCGAGUGGGAAGGGGGCGGGUACAUGCCGAGGGGAGGUUACUACUCGUCCAACGCCAGUGAAAUGUCUUACCCCUCCAGCCCUAAGCAAAUCGCUCCUAGCCCGCCCAACCAGAGGCGUCAGAUGGCCCCUGUCAUGUCUAAACCAGUCAUGCUGUCCCAGAAUCAGUCCCAUCGACCUACCCUACACGCUGAGGGCCUGCCCCCGGAGAUGCUGAAACGGAUGGUGACGUAUAACAACUCGUUUAGGUCCAACAACAAGAGACAAGGCUUUCAGAAAUACGUGGAAGACUUUGAUCCCCACUCCAUGUUCUCCUCGGAACAGAUAGCUGGGCGAGACGUGAGACUACUGAGAAUCAAAAAGGUUGGACCACUUGAUCUGGCUGUGGAGGGGGGAGUAGACUCCCCUCUGGGAAAGCUAGUGGUAUCUGCCAUUUAUGAUGGAGGCUCGGCAGACAAACAUGGUGGGAUAGUGCCAGGAGAUGAGGUGAUGGCUGUGAAUGGGAAGAUCCUGACUGACUCCUCACUGACAGAAGGACAAAACUCUCUGACCCGGGCCUGGAACAGCGGAGGGGAUUGGAUUGACCUGGUGAUAGCAGUGUCACCUCCAAAAGAGUAUGAAGAUGAGGUGUAA